GUCGUUACUUGCAAGUCCAAUUCUCUUUGUUAUCGGUUGGUGGGGAGCGUGAAGAGGCUUCAAGGGUAUAGGGUUUAUCCUCCCCGCGGGCGAGUAAGCCACUAGAUGAUGCUAUAUGUGCAGAGAUGUUCAUGCUAUCAUGAUGGGAAUGCCCCAAAUUUUGUGUUCUCUAUGGAAGUAAGCUGUGCGAACUUAGAUCCCAAAAGGGGAUCGUUAGACUUUGUGGGAAGGCGAGUUGAACGUAAUCUAUUGGGGAGCUCGUGUUCCGGGUAUGGCAUAAUUUCUAAGAAUAACAGGAAAUUGGGACGUGGCUUUCCUGGUUUUCCGAUAAAUGCUUCUUCUAGAGGUCGAAGUCCGUCAGAAUACGAAAAUUUAAGUAGCGGGUGUGUGUUUAGUUGUGUUAAAUCUGGCACCAAGUGUGUAAAGUCUUUGAGAAACAAAGGUUUUGAUUCUGGUUACCGUUCCAUAUCUGUUCAGUGUGCUAAAGGGGGCAGAAAUAGUUCGAGAAAUGGAAAAGUUGAAUCUUUACAUCCUGCUGCAUCGGAGAAAUCCAGGCGUGGUGGUAGAGAUAUUCUUAGAAACCCUUCCAAAGGCAAGGGGUUGUCUUAUGGAGGACGAAUUCCUUCCGUGCUGCAAGCGUUAGACGACAUUGAGGAUUUGGACAAUGCCUUGAAGCCAUGGGAAGCCAGUUUAAAUUGCAAAGAAAUAAGCAUAAUACUUAAGGAGCAAUGGAGAUGGGAACGUGCACUCGACAUUUUUGGGUGGUUAAAGGAAAAGGGGUCCUAUGAACUCAAUGUUAUUCAUUACAAUAUUAUGUUUGGGAUUCUUGGAAGAUCACAUCAGUGGAAUAAUAUUCGCAGACUUUGGGAAGAAAUGAAGGUCUUGGGGAUUAUUCCCACUAACCCUACCUAUGGUACCCUAAUUGAUUCUUAUAGUAAAGCUGGACUGAAAGAUGAAGCUCUUAUGUGGCUAGAUGACAUGAGGAGCCGCAGGAUAAAACCUGAUGAAGUCACAAUGGGAAUUGUUGUACAAACGUUCAAAAGAGCAAAAGAGUUUGAAAAAGCAGACCAAUUUUUCAAGGAUUGGUCCUCAGAUGCAAGUCUUAGUGAUACCUGCGAUAGCUUAAAUGCAAGUCAAAAACAGAAUUUUCAACAAGUCAAUUCUCUUUCUGCACGAUCGCCCCAGAAAUUUUACAGCUCGUAUACAUAUAACACUCUAAUUGAUACAUAUGGCAAAGCUGGUCAACUACAAGAGGCAUCAAAUUUAUUCAACCAGAUGCUUAAGGAUGGAAUAGUUCCCAACACGAUUACUUUCAAUACAAUGAUCCAUAUUUGUGGCAAUCAUGGGCUUAUUGAAGAAGCAGAUGCCCUUUUGUUGAAGAUGGAGGAUCUUAGGUGCCUUCCAGAUGCAAGAACAUACAACAUACUCAUGUCCUUGCACGUGAAGAAUCAGAACAUCAAUAUGGUCUCUUGUUACUUCGCAAAAAUGAAAGAGUCUGGCCUCAAGCCUGACCAUGUGAGCUACCGUACCCUCUUGUAUGCAUUUUCAGAUAGAAACAUGGUGGAAGAAGUUGAAUCAGUAAUUGCAGAAAUGGACCAAGAGGGUGUCCAUGUCGAUGAAUUCAUACAAACAACAGUCAUGAGGAUGUAUAUAGAUGUCAAUAUGCUUGAAAGAUCAUGGGCUUGGUUCGAAAGGUUUCACCUUGGCAAAGAAGAGAUGAGUUCUGAAUGCUAUUCUGCAAUUAUUGAUGCUUAUGGUGAGCGCGGUUACCUGCUGGAAGCUGAAAAGGUAUUUCAUUGUUGUUCUGAUAAGCAAAGAUUAAGUGUUAUGGAGUUCAACGUGAUGAUUAAGGCUUAUGGCAAAGUCAAAAUGUAUGACAAGGCUUGUCAGUUGAUCCAAACUAUGGAGUCUUAUGGCAUCCUUCCAGACAAAUGUACAUAUAAUUCUCUGAUACAGAUAUUUUCAAGUGCUGGACUCCCUUAUAAAGCAAGAUGUUACAUCAGCAAAAUGCAGGAGGGUGGAUUUGUAGAUGACUGUGUCCCAUACUGUGCCAUUAUUUCCAGUUUCGUUAAGUUAGGUCGGUUGGAAAAAGCUGAGGAGCUUUUUCAAGAUAUGGUUAUUUCCGGUGUGAAGCCAGAUAUUGUUGUGUUUGGUAUACUAAUAAAUGCAUUUGCUGAAAUUGGCAGCAUCGGACAUGUUAAAAGAUAUUUCUCUCUGAUGUAUGAGGCAGGUUUCUCUGGAAACUCAGUUAUUUUUAAUUCUUUAAUUAAGUUAUACACCAAACUUGGGUGCUUAAGAGAAGCAGAGGAGAUAUACAAGUUGCAUCAGUCAUCAGAUGAUAGACCUGAUGUGUACUCUUCCAAUUGUAUGAUUGACUUGUAUAGUCAACACUCUAUGGUUAAUGAUGCCGAAGAAAUCUUCAAGUACCUAAAAGACCAAGGAAUAGCUAACGAGUUCUCUUAUUCGAUGAUGCUUUUUCUAUACAAGAAGGUUGGCAGAUUCAGUGAAGCGUCUUGUAUUGCUCAAGAGAUGCAAGCACUUGGCCUUCUUAGUAAGACAUUGAGUUAUAACAACGUGAUUUGCUUAUAUGCUUCAACUGGAAGAUACAGAGAAGCUGUUGAAACAUUUUCUAGAAUGAUUGAAUCUAGAACACUGCCAGAUGGUUCUACUUACAAAACACUUCGUACCAUUUUGAUCAAAGGAGGGGUUUCAAAAGAGGCAGUUAAUCAGCUGAAACAGAAACAAAAGGAAAAUGCCUUGUGCGGCACCCAUGCAUGGUUGGCUACUCUUUGUGCUAUGGUGGGAAUGCACGAUGAAGCUCAACAGGCAUGCUUUACUAUGAGACAGUUUUCUGAAACUGGUGAUGCUCCCCGAAGUAUGUCAUUAGCUACGGGUGGUUCUGGGUGAGCAUUUUAAAACACCCAAGUUAAGUUGCAUGUAUAGGUAGGUUUAAUUGAGAUUAUAUAUAGAAAGACGCCACAAUGUGUAGUGGUUUCGAAGUUCAAGAAGCCUGUUUGGGGUAGUGCCAUUCAGGUACUUAAUAAAUUUUUAUUAGAGAUAUAGUAGGUUUCAAUUAUUUAUGCACCA